AUGUUACCAACAACAUUGUUGGUAGUUUCUGCAAUAAGUAUAGUUGGAGCAUUACUUACACAUAAUAGAAUUCAAUACUAUAUUCCUAUAUUUAUUGCUAGAAAUCUUUAUGGUCAUGAUCAAUGUAAAAAAGAAAAAUUAAAAGUUCCUGAACCUAUGGGUGCAAUAGCUGCUGCUGUUUAUUCAAUUAUUAUACUUGCUUUAAUACCAUUUAUGUUUUAUGAAUGGAUGUCAAUUGGUGUUAGUGAAGUUUAUCCAUACAUUCAACUUCUUGCUUUUUUAUCAGCCAUUAUUUCAAUAUGGACAGCUAUUUCAUUGGGAUUUGCUGAUGAUAUUUUAGAUUUAAGAUGGAGAGAUAAAAUUCUUUUUCCAACAUUUUCAUCUUUACCUGUUUUGAUUGUAUAUCAUGUUUGUGGACAUUCAACAACAGUUUUACUACCAAAUUUUGUUGUACCCUACAUUGGUCAUCAAUCCAUUAAUAUUGGAAUAUUUUUUUAUCUUUAUAUGGGAAUGUUAAUGGUUUUUUGUACAAAUUCAAUUAAUAUAUUAGCUGGUAUAAAUGGAAUUGAAGCAUCUCAAGGAUUGAUUAUUUCAAUUACUGUUGCCAUUUAUAAUAUAAUUCAAUUAGUUAGAGGUGAAGGAAUUCAAUGGCAUCAAACAUUUUCAUUAGCAAUUAUUUUACCAUUUAUUGCUAUAAAUUAUACUUUAUAUAGAUUUAAUCGUUAUCCUGCUAAAGUAUUUGUUGGGGAUACUUUUUGUUAUUGGGCAGGAAUGACAAUAGCAGUUGUUGGUAUAUUAGGACAUUUUCCAAAAACACUUUUACUUUUCUUUAUACCACAAAUAUUUAAUUUUCUAUUUUCAAUUCCACAAUUAUUUAAAUGGAUACCAUGUCCCAGACAUAGACUACCUAAAUAUGAUGAAAAAACUAAUAAAUUAUCAAUGUCAACUUUUGAAUUUUCAGAAAAACAAACAAAAUUUUUAGGUAAAAUAGUUUUAAAGAUAUUUUCAACAGUCGGGUUGAUUAAAUUGACAACAACAAAAAAAGAUGAUGAAACAUUUUAUCAUGUUAAUAAUUUUACAAUAUUAAAUUUAAUUCUUAAAAUAUUUGGACCUUUGCAUGAAUCUGAUUUGGCAAAAGUUUUUAAUUAUAUUCAAAUUUUAUUUUUUAUUAAUAAUUUAAUAAAAAGAUUUUGA